CGGGGCACGCUGGGUCGACGGUCGCUUGGCGCUCGUCUGUCCAGCCUGCCGGUUGCUAGGAGGCGGGACGCCGGCCCGGCCAAGGGUGCGGGUGCCGGGGCGUCUCCUCCCGGGGCCUGGCCCUGCUGAGGGCAGCGCAGCCGCCCGGUCCUGCGCGCGGCGAUGGAACCUGGGAAGAGAAGAACCAAAGAUGAUACUUGGAAAGAACACGAGCUCAGAAAACACCUUUGGGCCGCUCGAUCAGCCAGUCCCACGGAAGAGACGAGGCCCAGAGCCAGGAAGCCGCGGAGGGAGUCAGAGGCGGACCGGGCGGACCGCAAAGAGCGCAGACCCAGCGCACCAGACCGUGAUGCCGAGUACAGAGAGAGCGCGGCCAAGAGAGACGGCCAGGCUGCCAGGGGCCGCCCCCACGGGGACAGGGACAGGGACAAGCCGCGGGACAGCAGGAAGGACAGGGGCCAGCCAAAGGAGACACACCGGGAGCGGGACGCGGAGAAGCCCCACGGCCGAGGGAAGGAGCGCGAGAGGGACCGGGCGCGGCCGGAGGAGCUGAGGCAGGUGGCCGCGCACCCCAGCCUGCUGGGCCGCGGCCGCGACCGCGACCGCGACCGGGACCGAGACAGGCCCGAGCGCAGGCGGGCAGUAAGUAAAGCAAGAAUUGCAGAGGGGGAACGGAGAGAUGAAGACUCUGAGAGAGGAGAUGAGGAGAGAGAAAGAAGAUACCGAGAAAGAAAGUUGCAGUAUGGUGACAGCAAAGACAACCCUCUCAAGUACUGGCUCUAUAAAGAAGAAGGUGAAAGACGACACAGGAAGCAGAAAGAACCAGACAGAGAAAAGAAACAUCGAGAAAAAAGCAGCACAAGGGAGAAAAGAGAGAAUUAUUCAAAAGAAAAAAGCAAUUCAUUCUCUGACAAGGAAGGGGAAGAAAGGCAUAAAGAAAAGCGCCAUAAAGAAGGCUUCCGUGUGGACGAGGAGAAGCACCGAAGCAGCGUGGACAGGAAGGAGCACAGGAGGCGGGAGGCCAAGAAUGGUGAACGCAGAAAUCAAGGUGCAAGUUCGAAGAGAGAUGAGACUGGAAGCCAGCAUGCAGAGAAUUUAGAGAGGAAUAAUGGGAAAGAUAAAGACUCCAGAAGGAAGCACGGCCGCGAAGAGGGCCCCUCGACGUGGAAGCUGGCCCGGAGGCAAGGGAGCGAAGAGGCCUUGGAAAUUGAAAAGGAAGACCUUGACUUAGAAAAUGCUGGAGCUGAUGAAUAUGCAGCCAGUUUUGAAGAUGAUUUUGAAGACUACGAGGAUGACUUUGAGGUCUGUGACGGGGACGAUGACGAUGCUGCACAUGAUCCUGAAUCAGGAGAGACAGCGGAGGAGCUUCCUCCGGCCAGAAGGAGGGAGAUACAGGAGAUUCAGAAAGCCAUCCACGCAGAAAACGAACGGGUCAGCAAGCUGUUCUCGAAGCCGUUUGAGAAGCAAGGCCGGACGGAGCGUGGCAGGGGGCCGGGGCCGGCUGCAGACGUUUCCCCCUCCGAAACCCCUGCUUGUGGGAUUUUCCUGGACUUUGCGACAGCCUCACGCCGCCAGAAGAGUCGGACUCAGGCCCUUAAGCAAAAGACACGCAGCACAAAGCUGCUCCGGCUUAUCGACCUGGACUUCUCCUUCACCUUCUCCCUCCUGGACCUCCCACCAGUGAACGAGUACGACAUGUACAUUAGAAACUUUGGGAGAAAAAACACCAAGCAGGCUUAUGUUCAGUAUAAUGAAGAUAACGCGGACAGGGACGUCCAGACUGAAGAGGUUGAGACUCAGGAAGUGUGGACCCAGCACCCGGGGGAAGGCGCGGCCGUGUCUGGGGGGAGUGAGCGGAGAGGCCCCCUUGAUGCCGCCACCAUCAUCCCGAAGGUCAACACGCCCCGCCUGUGCAGCUUCCUCCGGGCCGCUUGCCAGGUGAUUGCGGUUCUGCUUGAGGAGGAUCGGGUGGCGUCAGAGCCGAGCUGGACGCCCCGGGCGCAGGACUGCACCCUGCGUUUCAGCGAUAGCUCCGCGCAGCUGAACACCAGCUUGCCGUUCCUUCAAAACCGGAGGGUAUCCUACCUGCAUGCCUCUCCGGUUCAGAGGCGGAUGGUGGUGUCCGUGCACGGCAGACCUGGGAAGGCCUUCGCGCCCCUGCUGGACAGCAGAUACGUGCUCUGCGUGUGGGACAUCUGGCAGCCGUCGGGGCCCCAGAAGGUCCUGAUAUGCGAGUCGAAGGUCACUUGCUGCUGCUUUAGCCCCUUUAAAGCCUUCUUGCUGUUUGCUGGGACCGUGCACGGCUCGGUGGUCGUGUGGGAUCUGAGGGAAGAUGCCAGGAUCCAUCGUUACGUGAAGCUGAGUGGGUGCUUCUGGACGUUCAGGACCGCAACCUUUUCCACCGAUGGUGUCCUGACGUCUGUAAACCACCGCAGCCCCCUCCAGGCGAUAGAACCCAUCUCAGGGUCUGUCUGCAAAAGACAGAGCUGUGUGCUUUCACCUUUUUCUACUCAAGAAGAGCCAGCAGGCCUGUCCUUCCAUGUCGCUUCCUUGGACGAGAGUGGGGUUCUCAACGUGUGGGUGGUGGUUGAAUUAGCAAAGGCAGAUACUGCAGGUGCAAUAAGUGACUUAGGUUUACUCCCUGGAGGGAGGAUAAAGCUGGUGCACAGCGUCGCGAUUCAGCUGCGCGACAGACUUUCCCAUAAAGGUUAUGAAUUUUGGGGGUCCACACAAACACUGAACGUUAAAUUUCUGCCUUCAGACCCUAAUCGCUUUGUUGUUGGCACAGACAUGGGCCUCAUCAGUCAUGGCACCAGACAAGACGUGAGAGUCUCUCCCAGGUUGUUCAGGCCCCAGCAGCAGGGCGUGAGGCCGGUGAAGGUGAACGUGAUUGACUUUUCACCGUUUGGAGAACCAGUAUUCCUGGCCGGCUGUUCUGACGGGAGCAUCAGGCUGCACCAGCUGACGGCCGAGCACCCGCUCCUGCAGUGGGACAAGAGCACCCACGGCCGCGCCGUCAUUGGCCUGCAGUGGUCCUCGACGAGACCGGCUGUGUUCCUGGUCCAGGACGACACAUCCUGUGUGUAUAUUUGGGACCUCCUGGAGAGCGAUUUGGGUCCUGUCACCAAACAGCCCGUCUAUCCAGACAGGCUGGUGGCCAUGACUGUCGUGGGUGAAGCAGAGAAGACCCGCAGUGGCUUCCUGGCCCUGGUGCUGGCCAGAGCCUCAGGCGACGUGGACGUCCAGUACCUGCGGCGGGAGUGGGUGGCCCCGGUGGGCGACGAGCUGCAGAGGCUGCGGCUGCUGCUGCGGGAAGCCCUGUAAGUGGUGGGACACCGCGAGGAAGCCGUGCGGUGACCCCGAUGUUACAGCUGAUGGGUGUACAUUCGUGUAGAUAGAAGGCGUGUGGCCAGAAUUCAUUUUUCAAGAAUGUCACUUCAAUAUGCCAUAAAUAAAUUACUAAUUUUGAAUGGAAACAGCAGACAUUUUAGUGUAUACUGAACUUCAAAGGCAACAGAGAGCCAGGUAGGAUGCUCUUUUCCAAGAAUAUUUCUACUGAUUUUCAGAGCAGCUCUAAAAUAUUGUAACAUUUAUUACUAGGUUUUUAAACAAUCCAAAUAAAGAUGUAUUUAAUGAACAGUUUUCUUAGUCAUACGUAAAAUGACAUAUUCACAGGUUUAAAUUAAAGGACUGACUCUGCUGAAAUGACCUCCCACCUGUGUUUCUUUAAUACUUUGUUGGACUUCUGCUGGUAAUGUUGGGAUGUCUGUUCAGACACA